CCGUGACGGGGUCAAGUGAAACAAAGGAGGGGGAGCAGUUACUAAACAGUUGUAAAAUUCACGGCAUUGAAAAUGCGGUGAAAACGAAUGCGUAGUCUAAAAUAGGAUCAAAUCAAGAAUGGCGACUGAAGUAGAAUCUGUUCCUCAGGAACAACCCCAAGUUGUGGUAGAAGAGAGCAAAGGAGACGAGAACCAUGUUGAAGAAAACAAACCGGCAGAAGAGGCUGAAGCGGCGGAGAAGAUCGAGGACGCUGUUCCCGCUGUAGUCGACGGAGAAUCGAAGAAAGAGGAAAAUGGCAGCGUACCACCAAAAGUGAUUCUUCAUCAGCAUCCCCCGUGCAACAAUAUACCGAGUUUUCUGCCAGCUUCUCUUAAACUGGAGACAUUCCUGAGAAUGCACAAGAUUCCCUACGAAAAUAAGUACGUCCACAAACUCGGUUCGGAUAAAGUGAAGUUGCCAUUUAUAGAGUAUGAAGGCGAUAAAGUGCAGGAUGCCAACUUCUGUAUCAAAUAUUUGAAUAACAAGUUCGAUCUCAAUCCCGAUGGUCAUCUUAGCGAGGAACAGCGUGCUGUUGCUCAUGCAUUUUCGACUAUGGCUGAGGAAAACACGUACUGGAGUUUGGCUUACUAUCGCUGGGUCGAUAACUUCGGCGAAACCAAGAAAUACUACAGCAACCUGGCGCCUGUCGUCAAGGACGUACGCCCAAAACUCGAUCAAAGCAAGUGCAUCAAAUGUAUGCAAGCUCAUGGAAUUGGAAAGCAUACGAAGGAUGAAAUAUAUGGAAUUGCCGAAGCCGACUUGCGAGCUUUGUCAGCGUUUUUGGCAGAGAAGGAGUUUUUCAUGGACGGUGAGCCCUCUGUCAUCGACUGCACCAUGUUUGGCCUUUUGGCUAGCAUCAUUGAUGGCGCUCCAGAGUCACCGCAAGCUAAACUAAUCAAAGAAGAGUUGAAGAAUUUGGCUUUAUUCUGUGAUACUAUGAAGUUGAAUUACUGGCUCGACUGGGGAGAAAUUUGCAACGAAGAAAACGCCGAAGAAUUCAAGCCCAAAAGCCGGCUGAGUUUCAAAAAUAAGAAAAAGCGCGCAAAGUCAACCGAUGGGAAAGAAGGCGAGGGUGAAAGUGACAAAGCCGAAGAAAAAGCCGAAGAAAAGAAGGAGGGCGAGGAGGCAGCCUCUGCCGAAGACGCAUCUCCCGAGAAAGAGGAGGCUGCUGCUUCCGGUGAAACGGCAACCGCCGAAGAAGGCGCGAAACCCGAGGAAACACAAAAGGAAGAAGCCGAAGCAGAACCUUCGAAAGAACCCGAAAAAGAAGAUAAACCCGAACAGUAAAAAAAUUAUGAGUAAGUGAGUGAACUAUUUGUCUGCACAGCAAGACUCAAAGAAUUAAUGGAACAAGCCACAAGGUUUUAUCCUGACAGCUUUCUUGAACUUGAGACUUGAAAAGUGUGAGCAUAUAAUGUUGCCUUGUAUUGCCCUAAAUUUUGUUGCAAAUGGCCUCUCACAUCAAGAAGAGAGAAGAUUAGAGGACCACUUGCCCUAGCUAUUGUAACAUUUAUUUUUAUAGCUAGGAAACUUUAACGAAGUUGAUGUAGGUAAUAAUUUGUAUUGUAAGGAUGAAGCAAGAUAGGACUGAGAUAGCAAGGCAGUAGGAUAGCCUUAAGAUAUUAUUUUUGGUUAAAAAAAUCAUUCCUUUAGACUUCGCAUUUUUUUACUUUGCCGAUGACAUGGCAAAUGCUGUUACGAAGAGGCUGUCACACUGUAGUCCACAUGACUGACUCUCUAACAACAUUUCCCAUGUCAUCACGAUACUAAAAAUUUGAACUAACAUCUCGUCCACCUUGAUGGUGCUUAAUUCUAAAUAUCAUUGGUUUGAUUAGUGAUCCUUCUUAAUGUUAGGAAAAAAAACUUGUACUAGCUAUCUACUGAAUAACGCUGUCAGCUUGAAACAUGAUUGUUGUUUUCUACUUGGCAUAGGAGUAUUACGAAUAGCUAGCUGCAUUCUGCAUACACUUAUAAUGCUGUAUUUGCCUGGUUAUAUGUUAUUGUUCAUUCAUCUUCAAAAAUAAAAGGGUUCUGUAAAGAUUUCUCCUAAGCCAAUGAGAAAGCAACACCAUGUUUUCCAAAUGAUUGUAUGUAAAUGUUGAAAUAGGCAUAGAACUCAAGGAGUUUUUCCUGUAAAUCUUACCAUUAAAUUAUAUUGGAUGGAUAAAAAUGAAUAAAGCCAUUAAAAAAGUCAA